GGCUCCCGGCGCGCCGGUGGACGCUGGAAGCCAAGAUGGCGGCGGAGCUGGUGGAGGCGAAAAACAUGGUGAUGAGUUUCAGAGUCUCAGAUCUUCAGAUGUUACUGGGUUUUGUUGGCCGGAGUAAGAGUGGACUUAAACACGAGCUGGUCACUAGAGCGUUGCAGCUGGUCCAGUUUGAUUGUAGCCCUGAAGUUUUCAAGAAAAUUAAAGAGCUCUAUGAGACUCGCUAUGCCAAGAAGAGCUCUGAACCGGGGCAGCCACAGCAGCACCGACCUCCAGAGGCACUCUCCAUACAUUCUUCCUAUGACCGUGGGAGCACUGUUGCUAGGACUUCUCUUUCCACGCCUAACAUUGACUAUCCUGCACUCUAUGGGAAAUACCUUAACGGACUGGGGAGGUUACCACCCAAAGUUGUAAAGCCUGAAGUUCGGCUGGUGAAACUUCCCUUCUAUACCACCUUGGAUGAACUGCUGAAGCCAACAGAGCUAGUCCCACAGAAUAACGAGAAACUUCAGGAGAGUCCAUGCAUUUUUGCACUGACGCCAAGACAAGUGGAGCUGAUCAGAAAUUCCAGGGAGUUGCAGGCUGGUGUGAAAUCUGUUCAGGUUGUGCUAAGAAUCUGCUACACGGACACUAGUUCCCCACAGGAAGAUCAGUACCCUCCAAACAUCGCAGUAAAAGUAAAUCAUAGUUACUGCUCAGUGCCGGGCUACUAUCCAUCUAACAAGCCUGGCGUGGAACCUAAAAGGCCCUGUCGUCCCAUUAACCUCACGCAUCUCAUGUACCUGUCUGCAGCGACCAAUCGAAUCACGGUUACGUGGGGGAAUUAUGGAAAGAGUUAUUCAGUGGGCCUAUACUUAGUGCGGCAAAUGACCUCAGCAGAAUUGCUGCAGAGGUUGAAAACCAUUGGAAUCAAACAUCCAGAGCUCUGCAAGGCACUCGUAAAAGAGAAAUUGCGUUUGGAUCCAGACAGCGAAAUUGCUACUACAGGUGUUCGAGUCUCUCUCAUCUGCCCGCUGGUGAAGAUGCGUCUGUCUGUCCCAUGCCGGGCUGAGACCUGUGCCCACCUACAGUGCUUCGAUGCAGUCUUCUACCUCCAGAUGAAUGAGAAGAAGCCCACUUGGAUGUGUCCUGUGUGUGACAAACCAGCACCCUAUGAUCAGCUAAUAAUUGAUGGGCUGCUAUCAAAAAUAUUGACGGAAUGCGAGGAUGCAGAUGAAAUAGAAUACCUGGUGGAUGGAUCCUGGUGUCCAAUCAAAGCUGAGAAAGAGAGAAGCUGCAGCCCUCAGUGUCCAAUAUUGGUACUAGGUUCUUCCGAUGUGAACGGGCUGUUGCCCACUCCCAAUGGUAAUGGAGAGAACGGCAAGGUCACCGCUGACGUUGUGGAUUUAACACUGGACAGUUCAUCAUCCGAGGAAGAGGAGGAGGAAGAUGACGAAGACGACGAUGACGAUGAUGAUGGACCCCAACCGAAACGACGCUGCUCUUACGAGAAAGGUUUAGUUUCUGCCUGCUGACUGCGGAAGCAGCCCUGAAUCUCAGAAUGGACAGACUUGAAUACUCUGGUGCUUACUAAACUGGAGAGGAGGGGAAUUUCUCCUUCGCCUCACUUCCCUUCCUCCCUGGUCUCCUUUUGACGUUCCUAUUCCAAGUUAACCAUUAAAACGAAAAAUAAAACCCUUGAGCUGCUGCUUGGUUGGAAAACUGCCCCACUAAACAGCCUGACCUGAGCUCUGCCAGCUGAACCUGACCCGGAGUCCGAAGUAAGGAAAGUGUCUUAAGCCAGGCAGCCGGGAUCCAGACCUUAACUGACCUCGGGUGCCAUUCAGCAUUAGUGUGAAUCGCUGGAGUUCCCCUGCAAACCUACAGGAUGGCUAACUCCAGUGCCUCUCCAAAGCUGUGUGCAUUUUUAUUGUCUUGUUAAAUAACCAUUCCUGAUUAUCUAAAGUUUUGCUGGACAUGUGAAUGGGUGGGUUAGGGUGGGAAAG